CCCGCUGUCGUGCCAGAUGACUCGGUGCCCGCUGUCGAGUUUGAUGACUCAGUGCCCGCUGUUGUGCCAGAUGACUCGGUGCCCGCUGUCGUGCCAGAUGACUCGAUGCCCGCUGUCGAGUUUGGUGACUCGGUGCCAGCUGUAGUGCCAGAUGACUCGGUGCCCACUGUCGUGCCAGAUGACUCGAUGCCCGCUGUUGAGUUUGGUGACUCGGUGCCCGCUGUUCUGCCAGAUGACUCGGUGCCCGCUGUCAUGCCAGAUGACUCAAUGCCCGCUGUCGUGCCAGAUGACUCGGUGCCCGCUGUCGUGCCAGAU